UGUCGUAUAGACGCUUGUAAAUAAUUCGAGUGAAUUACAACUAUCGAAUAAUUCGAUAGUUCCCAUUGCUAGUCAUAGAUGACCAUAGAUGAAGGCAAGUAUGGUCAUAACCUUAACAAUACGUUGCGGUUAUUGUUUGUUGUCAAAACAAACUUUAACGUUGUUUCAAAACUACUCGGUUUGAAGCUUUUUUCGAUGAGUGACAAGCGAUUUCAGUGCCCAGAAAAUGCAUUCAGUCAGCAUUUUGCCAUGCAAUACCCCUCGGUGCUGCAGGGCACAUUUUCGCCCAGUAGCACAUUCAGUGACCUGUACUCCCCGUUGCUACCCCACCAAAACCCAGGGGCACCCAUAGAGCCACAGUACAUGUAUGCCGAAAUGCCGUCUUGGGACAGCUUAAAGCUGCCCGACAAACCGGACUUAGCUGAAAUCAAUUGCAAAGACUUGAGUCCGCUCAGCUAUUAUGACCCCCCCCUGGACAGUCAGUACUCCUGGGGCACCAACCCUAACACGUACCCAUUUGGAUUGAAACCUAACAACUAUUCUUCAUGUGCCCAAGUCGGAAAGUACUGCGAAGCAACUGCUACUACCGGGUAUUGUAGUAUCCAGAAAAACAUUCCCGAUAUCUCUACAUCUCCCAACGAGGUUUAUAAAAGCUGCGCCUAUUACAGUGGUGGUGUGAACCAAGAGUCAAAUCAAAAUCUGUAUGGAAAAUGCACGGCUUACUAUAACACCUAUUCUGAUGCUAGUUUGGAGGCUUGUAACUAUUACGAACCAAGCGUCUUUGCAAAGCAAACACCUGCAAAUCAUGCAUUUGACUUAGACUGCCCUCCCAGCGAAGGUUCAAAUGAAGAAAGCGAUAUUGUAGUAGAGGAUUCCAGUUCAACGGACAGGGAGUACCAAGAACAAAUCCCUAGUCAUUGUUUUGUGUGCAGAAUGAAGGUCCGAACCGUCGGUCUACAGUUCUACGUUUUGACCGCUCAAAGCCCAUUGACCAUAUCAAGCCAGAUUCCGGUGAAAGACAAGAUUAUCAAGCUUAUUCGUAGAACUGCGAGCAAAGACAGUGGCCACUUGUGCAAUGACUGUUUGGGCCUGGUGAACAGCAUUGAUCAUUUACAGUUCAAACUGGACAGCUUGGUGGAAAGUUUAUUGAAGAAGUCUGGCACUCAACAACCGACUGGAGUCCGAAUAUCAAAGAAGUCACAGUUCAAGUGCAAGAAAUGCAGCAAAGUACUAUCUGUUAGAAGCAUGUUAGACAGGCACACAAAGCGCCACAAAUUGGCAGGGUAUCUGUGCCAGUUGUGUGGUAGACAGUUGGCGACUGCUAAACAUCUAAAGCACCAUCUUAAGCUCCACAGCCGCCCGAAGAACGCACUAGCAGGCUUUCACUGUUCAAAUUGCCCUAAGAUCUGCAGAACCAAGUUCCAGAUUAAAGAGCACGAAAACUUCUGCCUGGGAGUGCUUCCGUUCCGAUGCAACAGCACGGAUUGCGGCAAAAAGUUUGCAUCAGCCACCAAGCUGAGGAACCACAUAAAGUUGAAGCACGACAAGAAAUUCGUGUCCAUUUGUUCGAUCUGUAAUAUGGGCUUCGUGAAAAUGUCAGACUACAAGAGUCACAUGACCAGUCACAGUGUAGAGAAGAAAUUCUCCUGCGACCAAUGCAACAAGGCCUACAAAACGCUCACCAACUUGAACUUCCAUCGUAAGAGUCAUGCAAAGAUAUUGCCUUUUAUCUGCACAAUCUGCCAGAAGGGUUUCAUGCGCCGGGAGUACCACGAGGCCCAUAUGAACAACCAUAAAGGCAUCAAAAGCUUUGAGUGUUCAAUGUGCACGAAAAAAUUUGUGUGCCAGAAGAAUUUGGAUGCUCACCUGAAGCAUCACGAGACUAAGUCGGGUACGACCAGUACAUAUGAAAAGGCGGUCUGUCCCGGGGUCCAUCCAAAAUUAGACCUAAACCCUAUAGACAGUCAGUUUAACAGAAAGAGCAAAAGGAGGAAAAGCCACGAGAAAAAUGAAGCAGGCGCAAAUUCCUAGUUGUUUAAGAAAAAAUGUUGAAACACAGGAAACAAGAACCAAGUUUUGAGAAAGAAAUUGUUUAAUGCCAAACUAAA